GGCAGAGGGCCGCACCGACCAGACGGUGACCCGGCUCGUUCCAGUUCGCCCAGCUGCGCCCGAAGCCCCAGCCGGUCAUCAUGGAGAGCGAGUUCAAGGCGCCGCCGAAGGUGCCCACCCUGCAGGCGCUGAUCGAAGAGCUGCACCGCGUGUUCGCCCGCGAUCGGGUCAACGUCGAUUACGUGCACCGUCUCAUCGAGGGCUACGUGUCCAGCUACGACGACUGGAAGCAGUACGCCAAGUUCGACAAGUUCAAGUACACGCGCAACCUGGUGGACGCUGGGAAUGGACGGUUCGACAUCAUGCUGCUCUGCUGGCCCGAGAGUAUCGCCUCCACCAUACACGACCAUCAGGACUCGCACUGCUUCAUGAAGAUCCUGCAGGGAGAGCUGCAGGAGGUGCGCUACUCCUGGCCUGACGACAGCACGCCAGACGAAGGCAUGAAGGAGCUGGGAAGAAAGCGGCUUCCCCUCAAUGGCGUCUGCUACAUCAACGACUCGCUGGGGCUGCACCGCGUGGAGAACCCCAGCCACUCCGAGCGCGCCGUCAGCCUGCACGUGUACGUGCCGCCAUUCCACACGUGCCAGGCGUUCGACGAGCGCACGGGCCGCCGCCAGCAGUGCCGCGUCACGUUCUGGAGCAAGUACGGCAAGAGGAUCACGUACCAGCCAAGCAUGGACGCCGCCCUACCGCCUCCUCCGCACACCAUCCAGUACGAGAAGCCGGACAAGCCGCAGCCAAAAUCCAGACCACCGCUGGUGCGAGCGCAUGCGUCCAUCCAGGAGUAACACGCACUGAUCGAGCGGGUCGGCUCCGGUCAUGGCACUGUACAGAGCGUGUUUCGACCCAGCGGGUCAACGCUGCACACGGACGCGGUGCAAGAAGCAUGCACCGACUGGGCUGGGAUCAAAAUGUCAUCGUACCUAGCGUUCACGGAAGUGUCCACGAAAAACAUGCUGAAGCUCUCAAACCAGCUCUUGACAUGAAGCCUGGUGUAAUUCGGGAACUCAUUUCUCAAAGAAAAAAGCUUGUUAAGCGAUACAAAGCUGUUUCAGAGCCUUCGCAUUGCCCUUGUCGGGUAUGGCACACGCAUGCCAUGUUUUAUUUAUGGACAGCAAAUUGCUAUAUUUUUGAUAAUUGAUCUAGACAAUACACGGCAUGAAUUGAGCCAACGCUGUGCGUCUGUACAUAGCUGGUGUGUCAGCAGGCUGAAUACAGAUUCGUUUCUCUGCAGACCCGCAUCUAGACUCACGGCCAAGGCACUGUGUGAUGUCGGGCGGCGGGGCUCAGGAUCAUUUUGAUGCAUGUUUGGCAGUAAUAGCCCACCCCAACUUUGGGUUUAUUACUUGCAGCGGUCAGAGGUGAUGCACCAGUCAUGUCACCGCAGCACUGUAAGUAGGAAGCAUUUGAUGAGUCGGGCAUUUAAUAUUAAGCGCAUGUAGAAACGCUCACGUGUUUCAUGACGACGUGGGUGAUGACAGUUAUCCGCCCAGCUGUGCUUAUUUUAACUCCCGACAGCUCACCAACAGCCACGACAGCACGAGGUCUCACGUGCUCAACAGUCGGUAUGACCACAUGCCUCAUGUUCCAAAAUUUGAGGUGAUCAGGGAUGCAGCCAGGUUUGAAUUUAAUGAGUACGUGGUGACGCAUGGGCCGGCAUUGGCUCAUUGAUAGCUAACCCUCCUUUUUAUUUCAGUGUAUUCUACUUCAACGUUGAAUAAGAUUCGAAAUUGUCACGAACUUUGUCAUAUUCAUACCGCUUGUAGUCAUAUUUCGCUUCAUUUUAGACAACCAGAAGGGGAAUAAACGCAACGCAUAGAGCCAGAAAAUAAACCGUUCUGAACAGCACAACGCGAGAUUGAGUUACUCGCCCGCCGUGCACAGCUUUGGGCACCACAUCCCUGCCGGUGUUUGUCUGACUGAUUAUGUGGCAGCUGUACGGCCAUACUUACGUAACGCAAGACAAAAGUAUUUAAACGGUGCUGCCCGAAGGAUUCCGGAUAUGUUUGCUAACCCGGAAUAUCGGUGCAAAACCUCUUUUACGGCGGCAAGAUUAGGCAUUGGGUAACGCGUGAAUGACACGCUGUCCGGACUAUUGUGGUGGGUACCAACGUCCUUGAUGUGACCUGACGUAGCGAGUUAUGUUACCUUAUGAAAGCAAGCAUUGCUUCUUAAAUCAUAGCUUACACAGCUCGUCCUGUGUAGAUACACGGCGGCGGAUCUUAUUUCGUGGUAGAGAAAAAGCCGCCGCAUCGCAGCACGUGCGGCCUAAUCGGCUGUUCGCGAUCGUUCCGCAGCUGGUGACAUGUGCAUGACGUCAUUCAGGGCCUGCUGCCGGCUGGCCUGGGACCGGGGGACCAUUGCCAGACUCCGACGAAGUGAGCCGCCUGCUGUUUACUUGAAAACGCCUGCUCCGCGCUUUUGUUUAUAUGUCGAGAGCUGAACUGGGGCCUGUGGCGCAUUUCUCUGCUGUGCGCCACCGUGAGCUGGUGCAGCUGCGAUGUGUCGCUGGGUGGCGGCAGCAGUCUGGUUUGUGCUUGACGUGCGUUGCAGGCCACUUUGGGUACAUACGUGCAAUAUAUGUUUAGGCUGUG